AUGAGUCGAGAGUCCGUUCAGUGCAAAGGAUUCUCCGGUCGCAGAAUUCUGUCCUGUCGAUUAAGCAAACCGGGACAGAUAUUGGACAGGAAUAAACAACAUGGAAUGGGUCUACUUUGGGAUUGUCCCAUAAUAGAGCAUCCAUUGAAUUCUGCCCAACAGCUAAUGGAAGCGAAGUUGAAGAAUAGGAGAAAUGUGUUUCAAACGUUCGUACUUCAUCAUUGGCGCCAUGAGCUAAAAGUGUAUGCAAGAUUGGGUUAUUGGGCCCCGGAUUUGAUACCCGAAGGAUUUCAAAACAUCAUAGAUCAAGUGACCACGGCAGCUGAACCAAAGCGAUCUAACGGAAAAGUCAAUGGCACUUCUCGCACACAAAAUAUCGCAACAAAUCCAUGUCUACAGACAAACCCCAGUAAACGUUUCCUUCACAGAUUUGGUGGUUUACAAGAAUUUUACAGGCAUCUGCGUGAAGACCGUCUGAGUGGGGACGAGUUCAGUAUGGCCAUUCAUUUAUGCCCUUUCGGUUUAACUAUCGGACUAAAGCGCACAUCGAAAAACAUCGAUCCUAAAUUACUUCGUCGCGGUCGAUAUCGUCGCCCGACAGUGCGCACAUCAAAUAUGACCGAUCUGUGUAGAAUAUUACAAACACAACGUAGUCCCAGUGGAGGCAGUCGUCAGGCUUCACCACUUGAACUCAAAGGGAUGAUCAACCAGGUCCUAUUAUCGAAUUUGAAUCCACUGAAACCGAUUAGUGCAUACCAAAAUCAGGAUUUGAAUGCAGACAUAUCGACCUCGGGUGCGUUGGUGGAUAUUCCCCAAAAUGAUUUCACUGAGAAAACGUCGAUACACUCAGUAACGUCGGAAUGCGCUAGCUCUUUUGAUGAUGAGGCGGAUGAAGAUGUGGAUGAGGAGAAAUCGGACACUUCUGGUGGCGGCGAGGUUGCCUUAAAUCCCAACACAGGUGAUUACGAAACAGUGACCAAAGAAAUCCAUAAACCAACCAGUGACACCCGGAAUCGAAUCGCACGUUCAUCUGUCAAUGCGCUCACAGAAUCCAGCGAUCUGAGUUCCUUGGAAACAUUGAAUCUUCCUGGUAGGGAACUGCAAAACAAGACAGGUCAAACUCUUGAGGUUGGUAAUCGAGAUUCGCAAAUCGUCGUGAAACCUGAUAAAACGUGUUCUAUGUCAGUGUGUGAACCGAGAAGAACAUUCAAAAAAUUGAUGUCUAUAAUCAAACCUGCAACAGCCAUAUCCUCUGCUUAUCAAUCCAGGAAAUCCACUCGGUCAUCUUCCCUAUCCAGGGGGUUACCCCGACGGUCCCGUAUGCUAUCAGUUAUAAAAAAGAAAUUAGUUCCGGACAUGAAAGAGCAAAUGCCUGUAAACUUGCUGGUGCGUGGAAUGCUUGAUGAACUAACUACCGAGGCUCGUCCAUCCAAAUGGAGCUAUCGCACAGAGGCCAAGGAUAAUUGGACUCAUCAGAUUUUACAAAUGAGCAAGAAAACACAGCCGAUUAUUAUGCGGGUUUUACGCGAACAAAAUACCUGGCUAAAGGCCACAGCUGAGCGUUCGUCCAAAACUUCGAAUUUACCAAUCCUGCCCGACCAUUUGGCCCGGGCAGUGAGUGAAAAAAGCAAUUGUGACAUGCUACCUGCUUUACUCCCACUGCGAAACACCGUUUCAUCUGAUCGGAUAGAUUCCGCCUCAGUCGGGAUUCGGACUAGUGGUGCAAUAGAACGCGCUGAGAGAACGGAUUUAGUCACGUCAUCUCGAACCCAUAAGCCUAGUUUGUCUGUAACUGCAGAAAUGCAAUAUAAACCGCUUCUUUUGUUCCCGACUGGCAAUUUGGGGAACAGAAAUAGUUAUUUGUCUUGUCCAGUUGAUACGCAAUCUACAGGUACAGUAGGAACAGUAGGAACCACAAAGACUGAUGAUGAUGCUCAGAAGGAUGGACAAGGGCGAUUACACAAUGACGUGUUCAUGCUACCCAGAUUGCCACCAAAACCAAAGAAUAUUUUAUUUGCUGUGCGUUAUGAGUUACGGAACCAGAACCCCUUUGUGUUUGACUAUUUCUUACAGACAAUGAACAGAAUUAUUCCAGAAGAUCGAUGGCAAGUUGAACGGAGUACAGCUAAAUUGGUCACCGCAUUGGAACGAAUCGGAGCAGACUUGUUGUUAUAUCGUCAUUCAUCUGGGCACGCGAUUCGAUUUAAGCUCAUGUCAGUUAUCGCCGCGGCCGACAGCAAUCGAACAUUACGUCGACAAAUGCGUUUAAGCGCCGGUCUGCAAGGUAAUUGGUUAGAUCAGUUACUUCGAUCCCUCUCCAGUAUACACUCGUCCUGUCGUGUCGAGGCCACUCUGGCUAUCACACGUCUGGUGACCGGUACAAGACUGAUGCAACAAUUAUUUUCAGAUCGGAAAAAUAAUCUCGUUGCGGAUAUUUUAUAUUCGCUUCUACGUGCGUCUGACAUUUUCCCGGAAAACUGGCCCGAGUUUUAUGCAACAAUCGCAUUUCUCUUACAAUACAACCAACGGCAAACGGUGCUGGACUGUCUGCUUGAUCGUAACAUACAGUUCGGAUCGGUUCGUGCGGCCACAAUGUGGCCUCGACUGGUCGCGCUCGUGUACACAUAUUGGCGCAAACUAGUCUUGCAGAAGCUGACCGUCAACGAGAAACGUGUCGGAAUUCUUCUGGAUGCUGCCUUAUGCCAUCCAAUCACCCGAAGAGGUGCUCGGGAAGCGAUUGCAGCUAUAUCCGAAUACCACACACUGAACAGUAAGCUAGUCUCGCUUUGGACAUCAGACACCACGCAUCAACAGACCCCACAGUCAUCUGAGUUGAAAUCGGAUUAUGGCAUUUUAGACACGGGUUAA